CUACCGUCACCUAACCUUCAACCAUGUCCGAGCGCAAAGUUCUCAACAAAUACUUCCCCCCGGACUUCGAUCCAGACCUCAUUCCGAGGCGUAAAGUGCCUCGGAACUCACAGCAGGUCGUCCGUCUCAUGGCCCCAUUCUCAAUGCGAUGUAAUACCUGCGGAGAAUACAUCUACAAGGGAAAGAAAUUCAACGCACGCAAGGAAACAGUAGAGGGAGAGGACUACUUUGGUAUCAAAAUCUUCAGGUUCUACAUCAAAUGCACCCAAUGCUCCGCCGAAAUCACCUUCAAAACCGACCCAAAGAACACAGACUACGCCGCCGAACACGGUGCAUCUCGCAAUUUCGAACCAUGGCGAGAACAAGAGCAAGAAGAGGAGGAAGACCGACUUGCCAAACUCGAAGCAGAGGAAAACAACCCGAUGAAAGCACUGGAGAACCGUACAUUAGACUCCAAACGAGAAAUGGAGAUCCUUGAUGCUCUACAAGACAUUCGUGCACGGAACGCGCGAAUCGAACGGGCUGGGCAAUCUGAAGAGUUGUUGGCUAGGAUGCACAUGAAAGAGGUGGAGGACGAAGAAGAAGAGGAGCGGAAACGGUUAGAGGAAGAGGACGAGGCGCUCGUCAGAGCAGUGUUCUCCAAGAUCCCAACAAGUGCCGCUGGCCCAUCCACCUCUGGUUCCUCUUCCUCUGAAAAGGUCGUGACUCUCAAACGCAAAGCUGGCGAAGCAGAACCGUCCCUACAAAACCUCCUCUCCGAAUCCGCUCGGGCUUUGAUCACCUCCAAGACAGCCACCCUCACUUCCUCCGCACCUGCAGCGAAGAAAGCAAAGACAGGGACGAACAAACUCGGUAUCAAGAUUGUCAAGAAAUCCAAAGCACCUUGA